AUGGUCGGCUUCAAACACUUUGCCAUGCUCGCGGCCGCGGCCUGCACCAUGGCCGCUCCCACCCCCCAGACCGAGACUACAGUCCAGACUGCUGCGGACAACAGCUACAUCAUCACCCUCAAGGACAACCUCAGCCUCACGAGCCUCACUUCCCACCUGAGCUGGCUCACUGGCGUCCAGGCCCUCAGCCUCGACAAGCGCCAGUUCACCGGGACUGAGCGUACUUACUCCUUUGGCGGCUUCCGCGCAUACUCUGGCAAGUUCGACGAUGCCACCAUCCAGCUCAUCAAGAGCUCUCCCGAUGUUGCCAGCGUUGAGCGCGACCAGAUCUGGACUCUGUCCGCCAUCGUGACCCAGUCCGGCGCCCCCUGGGGUCUGGGAACCAUCUCCCACCGCACCUCCGGGUCUACGCAGUACGUCUACGACGACCGCGCCGGCUCUGGCACCUACGCCUACGUCGUCGACUCGGGCAUCAACACGGCCCACACCAACUUCGGCGGCCGCGCUUCGCUCGGCUACAACGCCGCCGGUGGUGCUCACACCGACACCCUCGGCCACGGCACUCACGUCGCCGGCACCAUCGGCUCGACGACGUACGGCGUCGCCAAGCUGACGUCCCUCAUCUCCGUCAAGGUCUUCGUCGGCAACUCGGCCUCCACCUCGGUCAUUCUUGCCGGCUACAACUGGGCCGUCAACGACAUCACCAGCAAGGGCCGCGCCUCCAAGUCCGUCAUCAACAUGUCCCUCGGCGGCCCUGUCUCGUCCGCCUGGACGACGGCCAUCAACUCGGCCUACACCUCCGGUGUCACCACCGUCGUCGCCGCCGGCAACGAGGCCCAGAACGCCGCGAACGUGUCCCCUGCCAGCGCGGCCAACGCCAUCACCGUCGGCGCCAUUACCAGUACUUGGGCCAUCGCCUCCUACUCCAACUACGGCCCCGUUCUCGACAUCUUCGCCCCCGGCAGCUCCAUCCUGUCCACCUGGAUCGGUUCCACCACCGCCACCAACACCAUCUCCGGUACCUCCAUGGCUUCCCCCCACGUCGCCGGCCUCGUCAACUACCUUCAGUCCGUUGAGGGCCUGGCCACGCCCGCCCUCAUCGUCGCCCGCCUCAAGGCCCUCGCCACGCCCAACAAGAUCACCGGCACCCUCAACAGCAGCCCCAACCUCAUCGCCUACAACGGCGCCGGUGCGUAA